UUGGUGGAUGCUGUGGGGUGGUUGACCGGGUUCUGCCUGACAGGCUAAGAGGAGGGCACAGAGUUACCCAAUCGGCACUGAAACAGAAGGAGACACACUGUACAGAGGAGCUGUGGAUCAGUCAGGAUCCACUACACGUGUUUGCUCUCCAGUGAAAACGUGGAGUUUGCUGCUUCGUGAACAGAAGUGGAGUUGUUACCGGUAAUAUUAUAACAGCUAAUGUAAACGGUACUUAGCAACGACAUUGUUUCUCUUUAGCCGUCGGUCUUCACAUGCCGCUAUGAAGUACAUCCUGGUUACUGGAGGUGUCAUAUCUGGCAUUGGUAAGGGCAUCAUUGCCAGCAGCGUGGGAACACUCCUCAAAUCCUGUGGUCUUCACGUCACAGCCAUAAAAAUCGAUCCAUAUAUCAAUAUUGAUGCUGGUACCUUUUCGCCUUAUGAGCACGGUGAAGUGUUUGUUCUUGAUGACGGCGGAGAGGUGGAUUUAGACUUGGGGAACUAUGAGCGUUUCCUGGACAUCCGUCUUACCCGGGACAACAACCUCACCACUGGAAAAAUCUACCAGUCAGUCAUCAGCAAGGAGAGGAGGGGAGACUACCUGGGCAAGACUGUACAGGUUGUGCCCCACAUCACAGAUGCCAUCCAGGAGUGGGUGAUGAAGCAGGCCAGGGUUUCAGUAGACGGUGAUGGCGUGGAGCCUCAAGUUUGCGUCAUAGAGCUGGGAGGUACGGUGGGAGACAUUGAGAGCAUGCCCUUCAUCGAGGCCUUCAGGCAGUUCCAGUUCAAGGUGAAGCGGGAAAACUUCUGCAACAUCCACGUCAGCCUGAUACCACAGCCCAAUACUACAGGAGAGCAGAAAACCAAACCGACCCAGAGCAGUGUCCGAGAGCUCAGAGGGCUGGGCCUGUCUCCAGAUUUGAUCAUGUGCCGCUGUUCAACACCUCUGGACACGUCUGUCAAGGAGAAGAUCUCCAUGUUUUGCCAUGUGGAGCCAACACAGGUGAUCUGUGUCCAAGAUGUGUCCACAGUCUACAGAGUGCCCCUGCUGCUGGAGGAUCAGGGUGUUGUGAGCUACUUCUGUCAGCGGCUGAACCUGCCUGUCCAGAUGAGGCCCAGGAAGAUGCUCACAAAGUGGAAGGAGAUGGCUGACAGAUCGGACCGUCUCUUGGAACAUGUUUCCAUUGCCCUGGUGGGGAAAUACACAAAGUUAGCAGACGCCUACACUUCUGUUAUAAAGGCCUUAGAGCACUCAGCCCUCGCCAUUAAUCACAAACUACAGGUCAAGUACAUAGACUCUGCAGACCUGGAGCCUGCCACUCUGCAAGAUGAGCCAGUGAAAUAUCAUGAGGCCUGGCAAAAACUAUGCAGUUCUCAUGGUGUACUGGUACCAGGAGGUUUUGGUGUGAGAGGGACAGAGGGCAAGAUGCUGGCUAUUAACUGGGCUAGGAAACAGAAUAAGCCAUUCCUGGGGGUGUGUUUGGGCAUGCAGCUGGCAGUGUGCGAGUUCGCCCGCAGCGUUCUCGGAUGGGAAGACGCCAACUCCACAGAAUUUAAUCCAGAUUCCAAAUACCCAGUGGUGAUUGAGAUGCCAGAGCACAAUCCAGGGCAGAUGGGUGGGACUAUGAGGUUGGGGAAGAGGCGGACCAUUUUCAGGUCCAACCCCAGUGUACUGAGAAAACUGUACGGAGAUGUGGAAUAUAUUGACGAGAGGCACAGACACAGAUUUGAGGUGAACCCUGCACUGAAGCACCACUUUGAAAAACAUGGUCUUCAGUUUGUUGGCCAGGAUUUGGAAGGAGAGAGAAUGGAGGUCAUUGAAUUGGACGAUCAUUGUUAUUUUGUUGGAGUGCAGUACCAUCCAGAGUUCACCUCAAGGCCCAUCAAACCUUCUCCUCCAUACUUUGGCCUCCUGCUGGCCGCCGCAGGAAAACUCCAGAGCUACCUGGCUAAAGGCUGUCAGCUUUCUCCACGGGACACCUACAGCGGCGGCAGCAGCGGCAGCAGCUCUCCCGAAGUCGACAUCUGCGAGCUGAAGUUUCCCUCUUUAUCUUGAGACUAAAGCACAUCUAGCUGUUGUGUUUUUCUGUCACUCAUGCAGGUAAAUGCAAGGUCCAGGUGGUUUGGCCUUAACUGAUGCUGAAAAAAAACAACAUUUUUAUUGAAGUGUUUUUACGCUUUUGUACAAUAUGUUAAUAAUUUAUCAUUUCUAAAUAUACUAUGCCUUAUGUGAUUGUAUAAAGGUAAAGGGGAUGUCUUUCAGUUGACUUUCUGGAUCUUUAGAGUUCCAGAAAGUAUUGAUGCGGAUGCUGUAUGAAAAAUGACUUUGUGGAAUACCUGUGCAGAAACCUUUGUGGAAGGGGAGGGAAAAAAGAGGGAUUAGACUGACGUGUGAAUGGGAGGACAAUCAGCCUGUCAGAUUACAAUAUGCACAGUGUCUCAGAACUUGAAAAUCACGAUCCUUGGGCAGAAUUAUUAAGAGUGAAAUAAAGAAACUUGUGACUAGCUCAAAAUAAGCAGAUCAGGGACAAAAGUUUGGGGUAAGAUUCACACUCUGUGCAGUUAGUUUAUUUUGAUGGGGCAGCUGCCUCGCAGAUCAAACCUGUGGAUUUGCCCAUCACGUCAUUGAAACAUUUGCUUAUGUUGAAACGUUUGUGUUUGUCUCCUAAAACUUCAUUUUAUGUAUCUAUUUCUACUUUUAGAUUUAAUACCAGGUUGCUUAUCAUGUUGGUGUUACUAUCCAGAAGUGUAAACUAGAUGUUUUUCCUGGUUUCCAAUAAUCUUACAUUGCGUUACAUUAAGCAGGCAUGUAUAUCUUAUACUUGAGAUUGAAUAGGACCACACAUUUGGCUUUUGUGACUGUAGGACAUAUCUUAAUUUUCAAGUUUUUUUAGAUUGUUUAGAUAGUAUCACAGAAACGGUUGGUUUAAUUCUGCUUAAAAAUUGUAAUAAGCAGACUUUUGCACUUUCCAUGUGACAUUGGGCUGUGUUUUUGGGGUGAACUGUCCCUUUAAACCUGAAGUCACCAUUUCAGGUUGCAUGACUUUUGUUUGAGACAUUUUGCCUGUUGACAUCAACAAACUUGUUUUGAACUCCACUGACCUUUACUGCAAUAUCUGACCCAGAACUUCCCAAAAAAAAUUGAAAUGACGCACAGUCAUCUGACAGUCUGUGAGGGAUUCAACGGUAGUCAACAGUAUUAAAUAAAAAAGAGGAAAAAAGUAAGCUUGGCAUGUGAAAAGUGAUAUCUUUUAAACUGAAACAAAGACUUGGAUUUGAUCUGAAAACAUCAGCAGCAGUCAACUGUGGAUGAUGAGUAUCAAGCUUCAUAGUUUCACUUGUAGUCUUGUCAGACAGAGUGCUGUGCUGUUGACAAUGCAGUCAUAUAUCCGUCAGUGACCCAAAUGUAUGAAAAAUGCCAUAUCUUUUAUUUAUGAGUUUUAGAUGCAUGUGUGAUGUGAUGUUUGUUUAUUCUGAAUAAAUAUGUUUUUAUUCCUCCUGA